AUAUUAACAACUAAAGUACUUUUUCAAGGAAACAACCAAACGCUGUAAACAGUGUCAGUUAACGAUACAGUCGGUGGAAGAUUUUCAUCGUCACAGUCAACUGCAUCGGCAUCUGACCACCGAUUGUAUCCUAUGCAAUCAGCCAUUGUCGGACGAUCGAGACGUUACUUCACAUGUUGACCAUCAUUUCUCCGGUAUUUCCGGACAAUUAAUCCUUCCAGAAACUGGCACCGGUAAUAGUGAUUCGGAAAAUGAAUUUAGAUGUUCAGUAUGUUUACAGGCAUUCUCAAGAGCUGACUUCUUAAAUGUUCAUGUCUUUGACCAUUAUUGGGACGGAUGUUGUCCUUAUUGUUCGCUAAAUUUGGCAAGUCCAUCGUUACUGCAGAUUCACAUCAAUGCAAUGCAUCCAAACGUGAAACCCAAUUAUGAGUGCAGUAAAUGUCAAAAAUCAUUCUUUUUUGAUUUCCAACAAAAGUAUCAUCGAUGUUCUGCCGGAGAGUAA